UGAUGCUGGCCUGGCCUGGCCUCAGGGAAAGCUGUUUGUCGAGGUCACCUGGAAAGCCCAGGUGGCUUUUCCACCUGCAGUGGCAUUUCCUCUUCCUCUGGGACCCUACUCAACCUCGGGCCUGCCUCCCUGGGGAAGCCUCCCGACAGAUCCCCCGGAGGCGGGAGCCGCAGCCAAUGGACAGAGGGGACACGCUUGCCACCACCACUCAAAGGACGGGCGUGGUGGCAUUUUCAGCUUUCUGCCCUGGGCAGGAAGGGAACUUGGGUUUGAACGAGGGCACCUUCCUGCCCUCCGGCCUGGCCCGCCUCCCCAGUGAAAGUAGGCCGAGGGAGCUAGCUCGGGGGAGCUGGCCGUGGCGUGGCCGAGGUUGAUUUAGACUUGCGGGGAGACCGGGAUCUUGUAGGAAAUGAAGGAAAUUUCCCCAGGGAAAGGGGGAAGAGAAGAAAGAGGAGCUUAAGUGCCCAGAUAAUUAUAAAGCUUGGCGUGGUGAUUUAUGGCAGGCAGGCAGGCCGGCUCCUCUGGGCUCCACCGCCCCUCCCGUCUCAGCCCCCCCCACCGACGCGCCCCCAGAGACCCGCUGGUGGGGGAGGCAGUGAAGCCAGCGGGCGCCGCCCAGCACCCAAGCUCUGCUUUGUGUCCUGGGGACAGAGCCCCUCUGUGUUCUGAGCCCUGACGUCUGCUGUCUGGGGAUGGCCUCACGGAACCCUGACGGGCUGCCAGCCGGGAGGCUGAGGCCCCCACACUGGCUUCACGGAGGAGCCCCAGCCAUACGGGUCGGCCCGUUAGAACGGGGACGGUCAGGGCAGAGACCCUGCUCAUUCUUGGUGCCGCGGGAGGGGGGCUCCGGGCCGUGGCUUUGGGCUGAAGCAAGGAGGCGCGUUUCUCUGGCUUGGGAUCGGGGCGCGCUCUUCAGGGAAAUGAGGACGCAGCUCGCCGCGUUGGCCAGGAGGCGAGAGAGGCCAUGGCUGGCCCUGGUGGGCUGCUUGGCCAAUGCGCCUUUUAGGACCCGACUGUGGGCAGCCCGCACUAGGGGAUUUCCUCUGCUGUGACCACAAUUGUCCCCUCCCACCCCCUGUAAUUCCUGGCGGAUGUCCCCUGGCUGCUGACCUGCAGGGUCAUCGUCAGCUCCCCUCCCUGCCACACGCAGACUGUGCCCAAGUCCUGCCAGCUCUGCUUCUGCUCAGCGUGUCUGUGUCUCACCCAGAGAGGUGUGAUCACCAUGCAGACUUCUGCUCUGCCUUCCGCCCUGUGGGGCUCCCGUCCAGCUCCAGGAGGAAGUCCAGUCUCCCCUUCCUGAGACUUGAGAGGCUCCCAGUAGCUUGUCAGCCCCCUCCAUGUUGGCAUCCUCUCACUUCUCUAGACUGUGGCCCAAGCAUUGCCUCCUCCUGGAGGCCCUCCUUGCUCCCAUCCGCCCUGUGAUCAGUUCACGGCACAGUCACAGUGUCUGCUCUGGAAGACCGGCCAGAAUCACCAGCCUGGCCCAGGGCAGGCUCCUGGGGGAAUGUUUCAUGAAUGAAUGAAACAGGAUCCCGAGGCUGAAACAGAAGAAGGGAAGGCCGUGAACCCUGUACUCAGUGUGGCGGCAUGAGCCACCUGGCUGGCCAUGUCACGCGGCCACAGUGCUCUGAGAGACAAGGGGACAGGUCUUAACUUUUUUACCUCCAGCAAUACAUUCUCCUUUAGGACUAAUCUGAGGGGACUGUGAACCCACCUUGUCGGGGAUGGCAGCAUCCGAUGGACAGGCCUGAGCCCUGAGCACCUGUGGCCCACAGAGGGACGACCAGCAAUGAGAGAUGCUGUAGAAGGCUCUGGGGCCUUUUCCCCUCUGCUCAGUGGGUAUGAAAGCUGGACUCUAUUAGCCCAUCCGAUGUCAUUGAAGGUGACUCAUCCCAGAGUACCCCCAAGGAGGCGGGACCCAUCAUGGUUUUUGGGAGACACUCCAGGACCACAGAGCCCAGGUAGAUGGUCUUGGCCCUGGGCCAGGGCAGGGAGGCAACCCGGGAGGUGGGCAGCCUGGACAGGAAGGGAAUGUGAGCCCGUCUUUCAGAAGAGCCCAGCUCCAGCCCCUCGGGCCCAGCCUGCAGCCAGGCCCACCUUCCUGAGGGAUUCAUUCUGGCCCCUGGCAGGUGGCCGAGGUCCCACUCCGGGACGAGCAGUGAGGGCAGAGCAAAGGAGGCCUUUGCCUCGCCCUGAGUGUUUAGCCUGCCCUGCGGCCUGAAGACUCUGAUUGGCCUCCUCAAAGCCGGUAGAAUCGGGGCCGGCCAGAAGGGCUGAGUUGUUGGCACAGAGACUAUCCCGAGUGAGCUCCGAGCCAUGGCCACCUGCGUGGUGCCAAGUGACGGGCACGCCCAGCCCCCCAGCCGCAAGCUGUCCUCCUGGAUGCGGGAGGACACGCUCUGCCAGAGCCCCAGUCUCCUCACCUGGAAGGCUGGGCAUGAGCCGCUCCUGGGGGAGUGUUGGGGACGCACUGUGGAUCCCAGAUCACGCGUGGCUUCUAUGACAGGCCGGGGGGACGGGACACAAGUCUUGGCACACACUGGGCUCCCGAGAAGCUCAGUGGUUUACGCCUCACUGAAGGCUAGACCGGUGUCGGGGCCACCCUGGCACUCUCCUGGCUCCUCCCCUCACUGGAGCUCAGUGGUGUCCAGUUCCCUACAUCUGUCAGUCGGGGUUUAUGUGCUGGUGUUAAUACAUGAGGUGGGACAGGUCGAGGCAGAGUGGGGACUGGGGCCGCCAGAGGCCUUGUUGGCGGCCUCUCUGAGGCAGCCAGGAGGGUCUCCGCACCCCCAGGAACCCAGGCCUGCUAUGGCCACGGGUUAGUUUCACAGCCCUGGGGAGACAGCCAAGCGGGGAGGGGUCUCCACCCGACCCCAAGAUCCAAACGGCUCUGUGUGGUGGUCAUGGGUCUGUUUGCACGACCGCAGGACAGGGAGCCUCCCUGCCCACAGCAGGUGCUAUGGGGGGCCUGCCAGAGGUCUGGCCUGGUUGUAUUCCCGACCCUGAGGCUCUCUGUCGGUGUCCCGGGGCAGCACCUCCAUACCCAGGGUUGGCCUGGGGGCAGCCACUGCCAACCCCGAGGGCUUGUGGGCGUGGCCACACCAUGGCAAGGGACUAAGCCACGGGGUCCAGAUCAAAUCUGGGUCCCAGACCUACCUGGCUUCACUGGGGAAAGCCAAGACCUCUCCGUGGGAUUCUGUUUCUCAUUUGCAAAUGGGGCAUCCAGACCUCUUCCUACGCAGCCCACUCCCCAUUCCCAGUCAGAGCAGAGGAGGGAGCCUCUUCCGGCCCAGCCUCUUGGGCGGUGUCUGACUUGGAAUCAAUCCUAAUCCAUGACUUGCAAAAAUGAAGCCUACACACAUAGCCCCCACUGAUCACUCGGGGCGAGAGGGAACUAAGGUGUUCUAUGUUGAAGUGCUGCUGUAUAAAUAAAUAAACAUGGAUACAAAAUACAUAUAUCUAUGCUAAAGCUUAGAGCAACAUAGAUAAUGCAGAAAGAUAAAAAGAGAGGAAAUUAGGGCAAAAGGAGAGGCAAAGGUAGGCCUAAAAGGAGCCACGUUGUAUAGAAGUCUCUGGUUGCUAGUAAUGACCUGUAAAUUCAUCUCUGAGCUUCCCAGCAGCCAAAGCAAAGAGGAAAAGCUGUCCUUUGCAGGAAGGACACAGCGUCCUCAAUGGGGAUGUCAAGAGAGCUGCCUCAUGCUGGCAGGAUGCCCCAAAGCCCUGGGUGAGGGUGGAAAGGGGCAUGCUCCCUCAUGCUCCUCAGGGCUAUUUCCUCUCAUCCUGAGCCCCUCCCACACUGCACCUGAUUCUCCCCAGACCACCUCGGCAGAGGGAGAGGCAGGCCUUGCUGAGGCUGAUCUUGAACAUGUGUCCCUCUGGCCUCGGGUCCGCAUGCUGCCGCUGGUCUGGUUGCUGCCCCUGGGAGAUGGGUGCUUCCAGAAAAUCCAGUGGUGCCACUGGGAAUGGGUGCCCUUCCCAGGGUUUGGGACACAAAGUCUCACUGAUGCAGUGGCUUCAUGGCCCUUGGGGUCCUGGAGGCGGCCUCCCAGGCUGUCAGGGCAGCGUGGGCCGGGGCUGGGGGUACUGACACAGGGCAGGACCUGGGUUCUCCUUCCCGAGACUGACAUGGCAUCUCUCUCCUUCCAGGACCCACGCCUCUUCCUGCCUCCUCGUUCUGCAGUUGACCCUGAAACUCUGAUGACUCUGCCUCUCAGGUCAAGAAAUGGCGCCGAUCGGGGGCUUCUGUCUGUGGCCGGCCUUUCUCGCAAGAGUUUGGAUGGAAGAGGACUAUUCGGCCCCAUCCCCGCUCGGCACCGUGAGGACUCGUCUGUCUCUGGGGCUCACCACCCGGUGCAUCUGCUCCCCUCGGCUUCACCUUGUCUUGAGGGCCCUGAUCCUGGAGGUAGCCCCUUCUCUCUGCCUGGCCGUGAGCCAGCCCUCGAGGGCAGUCCUAAUGCACCCAGGCCACCUGUCAUCCCCCCGAGAGGCUGUGCGGGGAGUCUAGCAGGAGCAGGAACAAAGGGCAAAAGAAGGAAACCCAGUCUCGUGUGCAGGCCGGGCUGGAGGCGGCGGGCAGGGGUGCUUGUGGCGAUGGCCAGGGUGGAUCAGGAUGUGUGUCUCUUCUUGUCUCCCUCGCUCGCCCCAGCCCGGGGGGCCUAGCGCAUGGGCUGGCCCGGCGUGCAGUCCGUCUUCUGGCCGGGGCUCUCCUGGUUCUCGCUGUGAGCCCUGGAGCUGAAGCCCAGGCCUGGGGGAGGGCAGGGGUGCAGACCGCGGGACAGGAGGUGCCGGAGUCUGCGUCGUGGCGCACUUGGAUUCUGGCUCUGGCUAAGGGUGGCCCGGUGCUACCCAGACACCCCAGGGGCAGCUCUGGUACCGGCCCCGCAUCCCAGUGGGGAAAUCGAAGCCCACGAGGUUGUAAAAUGUGCCCAGAGAUGCACGGGGAGGAGGCCAGCCUGGUCUUGCUGCUGGCUCCACCCGCUGGGCUCCCCCACCUCGUGCUGCCCUCAGCCUGCGGGGGCAGUGGUCAGAAUUGGGGCGUCUCUGCUGCCGGCAGGCAUCGGGGUCUCAGCGGCUGAGUCUGAAGCCCAGAGUCCUCUGGGACCCUCAGCAGGGAGCCCUGGGCUGGGGGCCAGGUCCUCGACCUCUUUUGUCCCCAGGAAUGUGAGGCUCAUGGCAGCCUGUCAUCCCACAGGGCACUUGGGGGGACUUUAGGACGCCCAGAGCUCCUUCAGGACUGGCAGCUGCCCCUGCUUUGGGGGCUGGGCCUGAGACUCCCUCCGCGGGACCAGGCGAGGCCAAACCCAGCAGAGCCCAAGAGAAACCCUCCGCCCUGACAAGGGGCCAGGGACCCCACAGCCCACCCAUCUCCACCUCUCCUCCCUGCAAAACGGGAUUCCCAGCUUCACCAGGCCGGUGAGGACUGCAUGGUGUAGCCCAGCCUGGGGCCUGCCUAGAGGAGGCAGCCUGCUUGGGGAUGGGUACAAGGCUGUCUGGUGGCGGGAGAGCUCAGAGCGCUCAUACCAUUUCACCAGGCAGAAAGCAGAAUGUUCUAACCUCCUUCCUGCCCCCUGCCCGCUGUGUGACCCUGCGAAAGCAAUGUCACCUCUCUGGGCCCGAUGUGCUCACCCCUAAGAUGGGUUGACAGUAGCACUCGCCUCACCAGCUUUCCCUCAGGGGCCCCUAGGAAGGUGGUGGCCCUGCUGGCCAUGGUGACGCUAACCCAGGCUGACUGUGCCUUUGGGCACCGAGUGCAGAGCCCUGCCGGGUCUCCAGCCCUGCCCCAGCCGCCUUCCCCGGGGAAGCCAGCUUCCUGAUCUGAAGGAAAGAACAGGAUUCUGGGGCGUCUCCCGAUGUGGGGACAGCUCCGGCCACCCUGUAUGGCAGGAUGGCAUUCCUCCCAGUGUCACCAGUGCAGGAGAUGGUCCUCGGGAACAUUAUGGCCACUCCUGUCCAGAUGGGGGUGAUCAGUCACCAUAACAGCCCCGAAACCACACCGCGAUACCUGUCCCUGUCCCCUCCCUCCCUCCGUCUCUCUCCUCACUCUCUCUUUCCCGCGGGUUGGUGGUUUUCUUGUGUGUGGCUCCCUCUGCAUAGCUGGUGUGGGGAGUCCACCGGCUGGGACCCCCGAGCCCUGAGCACCCAGCCAGCCUGUCCCCCAACCCCAGUCCCCCCAGUGCUCCAGCCCCACUCCAGGAGGUGCCUCUGGAAACCAGGGAGUCUGUCCCUGCGCCACGACCGACAGCCCUUUGGGGUGAGGUAGUAGGUUGUAUAGUUUGGGGCCCUGCCCUACUAUGCGUAACUAUACGAUCUACUGUCUUUCCUGAAGUGGUUGUAAUAUCGCCGAUGGACAGCGCCCAGGACCCUGGCCACGGAGGGGACAGGUGCAGGCGGGCGUGGGCAGCGGGUCCCUGGCUGGGGAGGGGACAGGUGCAGGCCAGGGCAUGGGCAGCGGGACCCUGGCUGGGGAGGGGACAGGUGCAGGUGGGGCGUGGGCAGUGGCCUUGCGGGGGAGGGGACGGGCUGCCAUGCAGUAGGUCUGGCAGAUCGAUCAUCCACUUGCUGUGUGACCUUGGGUGGGUCUUUUGAUCUCUCUGGGCUUCAUUUUCCUUAUCUGUGAAAUGGGGACAAGUGAGGAUUGAAGAUGAGACCGUGUGAAGUGUCCAGAGCAGGGGAGGGCUCAAAGUUGACCCUUCCGUCUCUCUCCUGAGAGCGGGGGGGCCCGUGGGGUAGUUUUUGCCGCCUGCCUCUCUUCCCCGCCCUCCCAUCCCCCCACAUCUGGACUCUGUCUGCGGCUCCUUCCCUGUGGCCGGCAGUGGGCACCUGGGGGAGCAGCUGUGGACCCAGAGGACGAGGCUGGGGUUGCAGGGCAGGCCCUCAGGGAGCCCCCCGGGGAACCCCAGCACGCCCCCCGGCACCCUCAGCAGCCUGCCCAGCUCAGCGUCAGGCCUCUGGUCAGCGACGGCCCCUCCACUGGCGAGGGGUGCUGAGGCCACCUCAUCUCUCACCACUCACCAUUCCAGGAAGAAAGUGGGGGGUUUCUGUGAGCGCCGUGUGGCCCCUCAGGGACACCAGCUCCCUCCACCCCAUGCCCGACGACCUGCAGGUGGACAGUGUGAGCUGCACCGUCUGUGCCUUCUGGAUUGUCCCUCCUGCCCCGCGCCUGCCCAGCCCUCCAGCUCGGCUCUAGUGGCCACUGACCACCAGGCAGGGGCCAGGGCUGGGCGUGGGGCAGUGGCGGGACAGUGGGCCCUCCCGCACUCCCGGGGCGCCGGCGGGGUGAGGUAGUAGGUUGUGUGGUUUCAGGGCAGUGAUGUUGCCCCCUCAGAAGAUAACUAUACAACCUACUGCCUUCCCUGAGGAGCCCAGCGGCACGUAUGCGCGGGAGGGCCCACCGCCAGCCCCAGCAGGUGACUCGGGAGACUCGAGCCCCGGGCCAGGGGGGUGGGAGCCUGUGGCGUGCAGUCCUCGACAUCAAUAAAAGCCGUUCUGACAUGUGUCUAGAGUCCUGCCCGUUCCUUCUGAAAGCCCUGGGACGGGGGAGGGGGGGUGCACAAGUGGGUGGGGGCAGGGAGCAUCUGCCACAGCAGAGGGAGGAACGUGGGGGGCCGUGUCUGGGUGCAGAGGCCUGUGGGUCCUUCCAACAGGUUCGGUCCUGGACCCCAGGCCCCAGACGUGCCCCUCCACCCCUAUCCUGUGGAGAGACCGCCCCCCCCCGGAACUCCUUGCAGGUGGCGUGGACCCCCGUCAGCAGCUCCAGGCCCAGGCCGGGGCCCAGCCUCCACAGCCACGUCAGCACGGGCUGCUCAUCUCCUGUGCCUGCCCCCUCCCCUCGAAAGAUGCCCUCGUCUUUCUCCCAGAGGUCUUGAGCCUCACGUUGACGGCCGCUGCCUCCCCAUCCCCACGAUUCCAGAGUCUGGGAAGGAGAAGGGGCCCAUCCGUGUCUGAGGGAGCACCGAGCGCCCCGCUUGGGGAGGCACUGGCCUGGCUGAGCCCAUGCCCGACCCCUGUGCCAUGGUGCCUAGCACAAACCCAAGAAUGCACCCCCUUCCUUGCUGGGGCCAGUCCCCCCAGUCUGCCCACGGCCUCCCGUGAGAGGCAGCUGCAGGCUGGCUCCUGCCGACAGCACAAGGCACACCGAGCUGGACACCAACACAGUCCCCCAGUCGCCAGCCUGACCAGGGAACAGACGAGGCGUGGACUGUCCUCAGUGACCCAGAAUGAGGACUCUGGGACAAGGACCAGAGGGGGCUCCUGACCAAGCCAGGAGCCCAGAAGGGCCGGCAAAGACGGACACUUCUCGGGCACCUGCCCAGCAGCCUGAGGCCCUGGCAAGCCCCACCUCCUGGUGCCCCAGCCGCUCCCACCAUGACUGUGCUCAAGCCCCCAUCUUGGCCCCAGCCGCCCUCCUGAGCAUCCUGGCCUCCGCCUGCUGCCUUCUCCAGCUCAACACCCGCCCGCAGCCGGCUGGCUCCGAGCCGCUUCUGCGGCACCCUGGGUCAGGGCCGGUGGGAGCUCAGAACAGAAGUUCUCCCCCUGCAGCCCCAGGGGCCAUCUGAGCUGGAUCUUGACGGCUGUGUAGGAGUUUGCAAUCAGAGACAAAGAAGAGGCCGUCCCGGUGGAGUGCCCCAUCAUCCCUUCUCCCGUCGUCCUCCAGCAGCAGGGUGGGGGAUAAACUUGGGCACUGACCUCCUUCUCCUCACCCAUGGCCAGUUAGUGGCCGAGCCUGGCCACUUGUGUCCCCCGAAGAUCAUUUCUAUCCUUGCCUUCUUGCACCCCAGCUCCCUCUGCCAUCGAAUUUUCUUGGGAGUUCUAAUCCCUUUCUCCAGACCCUUGGCCUCCUGUGCCCAGCCCCCUCCUCAUGCCUGAACAGGCUCCCACCUGGACCCCUCCUGCUCUGUCUUGCUCCGUGGGGCUCUGAACACACAGCCCCCUCCUCCUCAGGUCCGCAACUCAGGCUCCACCUCUGACUACGAUCGUCUGUGUUGAAGCCAAUGUCCUGAGUUCAGCCUUUUCUCCAGGCACCUCCGCUCUGCCCAGCCCUGCAGUGGGAGCUCACAGCCCCGUAGGGAGAAGACAGGGACACACAGCAGCCGCUUCUUGUGGUCAGCCCUAUGGCUGGAGUGGCUCGGGGGCUGGGAGAGCCCCAAGGAGCCCUGGACCCAGCCCCGUAGUCAGGGACGGCUUCUUGGAGGACGUGACUUACCUGGAUCACCUAGUGUCCCUCCCCACAUUCCAGCCAACCAACUUCCAGUCUCUUCUCUGCCACCAGGCUGUCCCUAGAGAUGAGGGUAUCAGAACCCACCAAAAUGGGAACCUGAGUGCCGCGGGGAGAGGCGGGAACAGGGGGCAGGGUACCCCAUCGUGUGGCCCUCAGCAGUAUAUGGAAGCAGUUCAGUCCUGAACACACCAGAUGGUGUUGUCAGCCUGGUCAAAACAGCUUUUAUUCUUGUCCCCUCGUCCAGCGCUAGAAGGCCCUGCGGGGUGGCAGAAAGGGCCCCACCCUCUGGGACACGGGCCCAGGACGCCAGCUCUACUCAUCCAGCCUUGGUUUCCCCAUGCCACCUGGCAUGGUGGCGUGAUGAUGUCAGA